AUGUCGAAUUUCGAGCCAAAUGCAAUCAUUCGCGGGGCCCAGCUCACGCUAGUCGGCGCCCAUCGAGCUCUGCAGAAUCCCUCCCUCUUCAAGUCGGAGCAUUACAGGCAAGCGGCGCUGGCGGUUUGUGCGGGGAUUGCCAUACGCCUUAUCAUCUCCAUUCCGGUCAUCGCUGUCAAGUUCGGAAUAUGGCUCCUCUCCUGGGUCGUCGAUCUGGAGGCAGCAACAUGGGACGACAUCGUCCUUAGCAGGCUGGACUUCAUAUCCACAUACGUCCUGCAGGUGCCAUUCUUACUCAUGACAUUGAUGCGUUAUGUCACCCCGACCCUCGAUGAUAUGUUCAUGGAAUCCCUCCAAUGGGUCGACAUGACAUACAUGCAAAAGCACAAAUCGGACCACCCUGAGCGGCUGCGGGCACUCUAUUACCCCAAUCUCAGGAUGUUCUCUACCAUGUCAUCCAAGGAGCCUGGUGGUAAGGGCAGUUUGGCAUCGUCCUUCAAAGCCUUCGUGACCCGCUACGGGCGGAAAACAGUCCUCUCCGUCGCCGUCUAUCUGCUCUCGCUGCUCCCAGUCAUUGGGCGGUUUGUGCUUCCCUCAGCCAGCUUUUAUACGUUUAAUAAGGCGGUGGGAACGGUGCCGGCGCUUGUCAUCUUUGGGUCGGGGCUGUUUGUCCCGAGGAGGUUCCUGGUGAUGUUUCUGCAGACAUACUUUUCGUCGAGGAGUUUGAUGCGGGAACUUCUCGAACCCUACUUCACCCGCAUAAAAUUCACCAAAUCGCAAAAACGCCUCUGGUUCCACGACCGCGAGGGCGUCCUCUUCGGCUUCGCUGUCGGCUUCUACACCAUGCUCCGCAUCCCCCUGCUAGGCGUGCUUAUGUACGGCAUCGCGGAGGCAUCAACGGCGUAUCUCAUCACCAAGAUUACGGAUCCGCCGCCGCAACCGGCUUAUGUCGAAGGGUUUGCGGAGAGUCAGGUGAGGUGGCGGAAUAAGCAUGCGUUUUUGGGGUUGUCGUUGAAUUCGUUGGAUGUUUAUAAUGUGAAGGCGGCUGGGGAGGGGGAGGGAAGUGAUGGCAAAAGGGAUGGGAGGGGGCUGCAGAAGAAAUUUAGUUGA